GAGCAAGGGGUGUUCACCACGCCACCGUACUCUGGAGAGAUCAAGGGCGCUUGGAGGUUCAAGGAUGAGGCGGCGGCAAGGGAGAGUUCGGAGGUAAUCUGGGGGAUGUUCAGGUCGUACAUGCGCAAGGACGAUUUCAUAGGCGCCGAUACUGCUCGCAAGUUCAUCCAAAUGGGAAGGACCAGAUCGCUUCGGUACGCUCUUCGACCGGGAGGCAAGAAGUAUGAGCAUGACGACGAGACGGGCGAGAAGAAGGAGAUUAAGCGGACGGGAGAGGUGCAUGAUCAGGGCAAGCUGGACGGGGCGGGAGUAUUUGCGGAGGUCCUGAAGCGGUGCUGGGAGGAUGGGUGGUAUCAGGAUGCAUUCGAGAGG